AUGUUUGGCACUGCAUUCCAAUGGCAUUUCCCAAUUCCCAAGAAGGGCCAACAUACCUGCGUGGUAGUUGACUUAGUCCGACCUGUAUCCGAUCCAGGUGAGGUGGCGCUGAAUAGCGCGGAGCCAUUGGUUCAGCCGAACAUCAAUCUUAAUUUCUUCUCCAAUGACUUGGAUAUUGUCGCCAUGAGAGAAGAAAUUCGGUUUAGCUACGAUGUGCUGAAGCAUGGUGAUGGCUUUAAAGACAUUGUGCUCAGCGAAUAUCCUUGGGAUAUGCCUCUUGACAGCGAUGAGGAAAUGAAGAGAGCUGUUUUGGACCGUUGUCAGACUGCAUUCCAUCUCCGUGGCACGGCUCGUCUUUCGAGAGAUAUCAAACAAGGCGUUGUUGAUCCGAAGCUUAGAGUUCAUGGAAUCAAAACUCUUCGCCUCAUUGACGCUUCUGUUAUUCCAGCCAUCCCCGAAUGCCGUAUUCAAAACUCCGUCUACAUGAUCGGUGAAAAGGGCGCAGAUGCAAUCAAGCUUGAUCACAAGGAUCUCUCUUAA